AUGGCAGAUUUUCACGGACUUGGGGCCAAGUUUGAUGGCUUCCAAAGCGCAACAAGUGGCAGUUCAACAAGUCCAUUCGUGCAGGCUUCGGAUACUUCAACCCAUACUUCGCUGUCUCUUACUUCCAGUGUGUGCCUACCGCCGCUCUCAACUCAUGACACAGAAAAGUCGCAUCAUCACAUAGAGAACUUUGAACGCUUCAUCGAGGAUCUCCAGACAUCUGCAAAGAGGGCAUUUCCCAAUUCAGACUACUCCCGAUACAGCGAUGUUCAAGUUCUCCUGAUACAGUGGGAUGAAGACGAACUUCAAGUUGAAGAUGAAGUCAACGAGUUGAGAAAGGUCUUUAACUUGUACAACUUUACAACAACCAAGUUCCGUAUUCCCACCUCCAAUUCCCACCGCAUAAGGAGCCAUCCCUCAAGCUAUGCUGCUCCAUGUGGUUAG